AUGCUGCCACAAUCGGACGAGACAUCUGUCCCCGAUUGCAGCGAAAGUGACACAGCAGAUUCACGUCUUGCCAGCGGGUUUAUUUACGAAGAAGAUGAGAAGCGUACAUCCCGGGAUUGGUCCAAUUGGGAUGAAUUUAGCGUUGCACUACCCCUAAUUGAAAGAAAUUAUACGUUUUAUUUCUCUCUUGUUACAUUCCGUGUUGGCAAUCAGUUGUUUAGAGUCCCCCGAGAACGAUUUGCGAAUUUCUCCGAAGUAUUCCGUGAUAUGUUUGCGAUCGAUGCGUGCAGCACAGUCCCACAUGAAGGUGACUCUGAUGAUAAUCCAAUCCACUUGGAGGGUGUCGAGGAAGGUGCAUUUGAGGACUUGUUACACCUGCUUUACCCUGAGUGUCUUAAAGCAGGUGACACAUCCACUCCUGAUGAUGAAAAUUUCUGCCUUCGUUGGGAGAGAGUACUGGCCCUAUCUCAUAUGUGGCAGUUCCAUGAUAUUAGGUGCCACACAAUAUCCAAGCUUGAGGGGUUUGAGUAUGAUGGGAUUAGCAGGGCACAACUAGCACAGAAAUACAAGAUCACAUCUUAG